UAUGGAAUGGAGAAGUUAAAUUCUAAUAUGCAUUCUAAAUUAUCGGAAUGUGCGAUAGAACGAUUACGUGAGAAAAAAAUAUUCACCGUUAUUGAUUUUAUACUCGAAGAUCAAGAUAAAUUGAGAAUCGCAACAAAUCUUUCGUUUAAGGAAGUGAUGGAUAUUAAGAAAAAUCUUACAGAGAAAUUUGGUGGGGUCGUGAAGAAACCUUCAAAUCUGUGGAAAUUAGAACAAUCAAAUGUAAUCUGCACCAAAAUAAAAAGUUUGGAUGAUUUACUGGGAGGUGGUUUAAAUCCUGGUCAAAUAUAUGAAAUAUGCGGUGUAUCUUCCUCUGGAAAAACACAAUUGUGUUUAACGAUUGCAAGUAAUAUUGCAUUAUUGCCUAAUAAUCUUGUGAGGUAUAUCGAUACCAAAGGAGAUUUUUUUGCCUCCAGAGUAGAAACAAUAUUGAAGCAUAAAACGAAUAAUGAAGAGGAAAUGAACAAAGCAAUGGAACAGAUAAGAAUUACUUUGGUACGAGAUCCUAAUAAAUUACUUAGUAUUCUACAACAUAUGAUAAGUAUUUUAAAACAAGAGAAUGGUAUACGUACUAGAGCUUUAAUCAUUGACUCUUUACCAGGAAUAAUUUUUAAAUUUUCUAAAGAACCAGAAAUCAAUUUCACUUUAAAUCGCUUAUCAAAUCUAUGUCGAUUUUUAGCAAAUGAAUUUUAUAUACCUAUUAUUAUAGUAAAUUUAAUAACUCAGUGGACAUUGUCGAACGAUAAAAGCAGUAACGAGCCUGUAACGAAAGGAACACAAACAUUAGUAAAUCCAACAUUAGGAAAAUAUUGGUUGCACAUACCCAAUACAAGAUUAUUGGUAGAAAAGUUAAAUAAUGAUUACAGAAAAAUUACUAUUUGGAAAAGUUUUCAAAUUAAAAUGGAUUCUGUAUGUAGCGUUAAGUUAAGCGAAGCUGGUAUUAUGUGAGCGAUUUAUAAUUUAUGAAAAAUACAUUAAUAACUGUAUAUAAAAUAAAUGUUUAAGGCAAGUGA